AUGGAUAUCGACGAAGACAUGAUGAUGGAAGGCGCGUUACAGGCGUACGAGGCGGAUGACGACGACGCGCUGCAGUUGACUCCAGGCCAUCAGGACGGCGCACACGAGCAGCACGACCAUAGAAACGAGGAGCAGCAGCAGUUGCCGCAUCAGGAGGAGUGGUUCAGGGAAGAAGAGAUGCACGACGCGAACGGCGCUGCGGCUGCUCUUGCGGGAAAUGGAUCUGAGAGGGACGCCGGGACGGGUGGUGGGUCGAAUCGUGUGGGGGAUGGCGCUGAAGCGGCGGGCGACGAGGGAGCGGCGAAGCAGCAGGAGGAGCAGGAGAAACGGGAGGAGAAGGUUCCGGCAGGAAUCGGAGCGAAGCGAAAGGUGUAUCGUGUUCCGUGCCAUGCGAGCUGGUUUCGAUGGGACAAGAUCCACCCUUUGGAAAAGCGUGGGGUUCCAGAGUUUUUCCUCCCAACACCCCCCCCACAGCCACCAACAGCCACCAUGUUUCCUCCUCCUCCCCCUCCCGCCAAAAACCCCACUCUCUACAAGGAAUACCGAGACGCCAUUAUCACCAUGUACUGCCAGAUGCCGCCAUCCGAGUGGCCGCUCACUUUCACACGUGUCCGCCGGGCGUUGGUUGGUGACGUGAGCUCGAUCCGUCGGGUGUUUGACUUUCUUGACCAAUGGGGGCUGAUCAACGCUGAUGUGCCAGGAGGGGGCGGAGCAGGAGGAGCAGCAGCAGCCAAUGCCUCGGCCGCUGCUGCCGCAGCAGCAGCCAUUGCUGCUGCAACAGCUGCUGCUUCAUCUACCGAAUUAGCAGCAAAGGGCGGUGUCUCUCGUCUCGCCGUUCCUGCAGUCAAACAAGAAGGCCUCAUGGCUUCGGAUUUGGUCUGCACCUUUUCUCGGGGAGCCGUGCCUGGCGCUAGGCCCGGAGCCGCAGGUUCGGCAGCAGGUUCGGGAGCAGCCGGACCAAGGAAGCCUGGGACAGUGCGAACUGCUGAGCUGGCGCUGCUGGGAAUGGUGGGGGAUGCGCACUGUAGCACCUGGGAGAAGGUGGCGGGGCACGUGAAGACGAAAGACCGAGCUCAGUGUCUGGCUUAUUUUGUCCGCAUGCCCAUGGGUGACUCGUUUGAAUCGAUCACUGUGCCACCUGCCUCAGUCACACCUGCGCCAGUCACACCUGCGCCAGUCACACCUGCCCCAGAAGCUCCUCCUGUAUCUGCCACAGCUGCUGUUGCUGCUGUCACUGAGAGGAGUGAGGGAGAUGAGAAGGGAGGGGAGGGGAGGGACGGAGGUGGGGUGGGUGAAAAGAAGGGUGACGUGGAAAUGCAAGCUGCUGACGUGGGAGAAGAUGCAGCAGCUGAAAACGCAGGGGAGAUUGGAGCAGAGACCACAGAGCAUGACUUGGGAAGAAUAGGCACGAAGAGGAAGGGAUCGGAGCUGGAGCAGCAGCCUUUGAAACCAACAGUAAUGGGCCUGGACGAACCAAUUCCGUUUGGCGACAGUGGUAACCCUAUCAUGGCGCAGGUGGCGUUUAUCUCUGGUGUGGCUGGGCCGCGAGUGGCUGCUGUUGCUGCUCAGGCUGCUCUGGCGGCGCUUGUGUUUGAAGACCCGUCUGCCCUGGCUGAGUUGCACCAGGCUGCUGCUGAGGCAGAGGCGAGGGCAGUAGCAGCAGAGGAAGAGGCAAAGGCAGUGGCUGCAGAGCAAAAGGCAAGGACAGUGGCUGCAGAGCAAAAGGCGACGGACGCUGCGGCAGCAGCAGCUGAGCAUGAGGUGAAGGCAGGGGCAGGGGCAGGGGCAGGGGCAGGGGCAGGGGCUCAAGCAGCAGCAGGAGAAGGAGGAGGAGGGGGACUAGCAGCAAAGGGAGAGAAAGAGGGAGGAGCGGAGACAGGGAAAGCAACAUUGGCGGAAGGAAGCAGUGCUGCUGGUGGCGCUGCUGUUGAUUUUGCUGGUGAUACUUCUGGUGAUACUGCUGUUACUGCCGCUUCCGAAGGUGGUGUUGGGGAUAAAAUUGCUGCUGGGCAUGAAGGGGAUGGCGGCGCGAAAGGGGAUCCUGCUGAAAAGGAGGGUGAUGUCAAAGAGGAUGCUGUUAAAGGGAAUGCCGUUAAAGGGGAGGAGGGUGUGAAAGGGGAUGCCGUUAAAGGGGAGGAGGGUGUGAAAGGGGAUGCCGUUAAAGGGGAGGAGGGUGUGAAAGGGGAUGCGGAAGCUACUGAUGAUAAGGGACAGGUACAGAUGGAGAGAGGAGGAGAGGAGAACGAGGGACAGAAAGAGGAGGGGGGUGGGAAAGUGAGGAAGAUAGAGAGUGAUGGUGGCAUAGCUGGCAUGGAUGUUGAUGGAGGUAAGGAGGCGAGCAAAGGGGAUGAGGAAGGGAAGGGAGGAGGUGACGUUGGAAAGGAGGGGGAGGAGAGUAGGGAAGGUGGGGGUGCAAAGGGCGAGCAGGGAGAGAAGAGAGAGGGGAAUGAGAUUGGCAUGGCUGCAACAGGUACAGAUGCAGCAGCAGGAGAAAAGACCACACCAGAGAAAGCAGAAGGAGCAGCAGGAGCAGGAACAGGAGCAGGAGCAGUAGCAGGAGGAGGGGGAGGAGCAGAAGGGGAGGCAGGAGGAGGCAAGGGCCCUCAACGCCGCGUUCCCUCUCUGAGCGACGUGCCGUCAGCGCUGCGCAUUCGAGCUGCUGCUGCCACCGCAAUGGCUGCUGCAGCGGUGAAGGCGCGGCUGAUGGCGGAGGAGGAGGAGCGGGAGAUGCGACGAGUCAUGGCUGAGCUGGUGGCCAAACAGGCGAGGCUGAUGGCGGAGGAGGAGGUGAGGAAGAUGCGGCGAGUGAUGGCAGAGCUGGUGGCCAAACAGUGUUUGAAGCUGGAAAAGAAAAUGCUUCAGUUUGAGAGGCUGGAGCAGCUGAUGACACGGGAGGGAGCAAGCAUCAACAGGCAGAAAGCAGCGAUUCUUUCAUUAUCAUUCCUCUCUUGUCUAUUUCCCUAUCUUCUCCCCACUUUUCUCCCCCGUCCUCCCAGUGUCUGA